UUUGGUUUGUCAAUUUCCCCCUCCCAUCAUUCCCUCUCUAGCUUUUGGUUCAUCAAGUAUCAAGUAUUCAUUCUUACAGAGAGAAAAUACAACGCCAAACAACACCCAAAUCUCAUCACCGAAAACGAAAACGAAAACCCCUACGUUCGCUUCGGCACCCCCGCCCCUCUCCACUUUCUCUCUCCUCUCUUCUCAUUAUCAUUAAUCGCGAUUUUUCAUUUUAUUCGAUUAAUCAGUCAUUUUUGAAUUCUUAAUCGUAAUCCUAAUCUCCCUUUUUCUCCCAGUAGUUACCGAUUUAUUUGAUAAUUUUUUGGUGAUUUUAUUUGGAGAAUCGGGUUCGUAAAUUUUUUAAUUGAUUGAUUUAUCCAAUAAUCUAUUUAGAUUUGAGUUUUUAGGGUUUUUUGAUUUUUUUUGGAUUGAUGAAGAAAAAUCAGAGUUGUUGUAGAUAAUAGUAGGAAUAAUUUUGGAUUGGAUUGAAAAAAUUGAGGAUGCCAGGAUUAGCUGCUGCACAAAGAAAUGAUCAAUUGUUAAGCAAUGCGAGUUCGUCGUAUUUUUCUUUAUCGAAUAACAAGAAUGGAUCAAUUUCUUCUUCCAAUGGAUUUUGGUCCAAACAUCGGAAUGAUAUUAACUACAAUCAGCUCCAGAAGUUUUGGAGUGAGCUCUCUUCACAAGCUCGGCAGGAUCUCUUGAGGAUCGACAAACAAACUCUAUUCGAGCAAGCUCGGAAAAACAUGUACUGCUCCAGAUGCAAUGGGCUGUUGCUUGAAGGAUUUAUGCAGAUUGUUAUGUAUGGGAAGUCGUUGCAGCACGAUGGAGCAAAUGGCCAGGUUCCUUGCAGUAGACUUGGGAUCUCAAAAGAUCAAAUGCAUGGUGGGAUGUGCACAACGCCAAUUUGCCAGGACGAAACUCAAGACCCCUCUGUCCACCCAUGGGGAGGGUUAAUCACCACUAGAGACGGGGCACUUUCUCUUUUAGAUUGCUAUUUAUAUUCAAAAUCCCUUAAGGGGCUCCAAAAUGUUUUUGAUAGUGCACGUGCAAGGGAGCGAGAACGUGAAUUGCUUUACCCUGACGCUUGUGGAGGAGGUGGUCGGGGUUGGAUAAGCCAAGGAAUAGCAAGUUACGGGAGAGGACAUGGGACUAGGGAAACAUGUGCUCUGCAUACUGCUAGACUCUCUUGUGACACAUUGGUAGAUUUUUGGUCAGCACUUGGAGAAGAAACGCGGCAUUCUCUUUUGAGGAUGAAAGAAGAGGAUUUCAUUGAAAGACUGAUGUAUCGGUUUGAUAGCAAGAGGUUUUGUAGAGAUUGCAGAAGAAAUGUCAUUCGUGAGUUUAAGGAACUGAAGGAAUUAAAACGCAUGCGGAGAAAACCUCGGUGCACGAGUUGGUUUUGUGUUGCAGAUACUGCCUUCCAGUAUGAGGUAUCUAAGGACACAGUACUUGCUGAUUGGCACCAAACAUUCAUGGACUCCAUUGGAACUUAUCAUCACUUUGAAUGGGCAGUAGGCUCAGGGGAAGGAAAGUCUGACAUUUUGGAGUUUGAAAAUGUUGGGAUGAAUGGAAGUGUUGAAGUAAACGGCCUAGAUCUCGAUGGUCUGAAUGCCUGUUAUAUCACCUUGAGGGCAUGGAAACUAGAUGGCCGUGUUUCUGACUUAUCUGUGAAAGCUCAUGCAUUAAAAGGAAGGCCAUGUGUUCAUUGCAGGCUUGUUGUUGGAGGUGGUUAUGUAACCAUCACUCGUGGGGAAAGUGUAAGAAGAUUUUUUGAGCACGCUGAAGAAGCAGAAGAAGAGGAAGAUGAUGAUUCCAUGGACAAGGAUGGAAAUGAUUUGGAUGGUGAAUGUUCUCGUCCUCAGAAGCAUGCAAAGAGUCCUGAACUUGCACGGGAGUUUCUUCUUGAUGCGGCAACUGUCAUUUUCAAGGAACAGGUUGAAAAGGCUUUUAGGGAAGGUACUGCCCGCCAAAACGCACACAGCAUUUUUGUCUGUCUCGCAUUGAAACUGCUUGAGGAACGAAUUCAUGUUGCUUGCAAAGAAAUUAUAACACUGGAAAAGCAGAUGAAGCUUCUUGAAGAGGAAGAGAAGGAAAAGCGUGAAGAAGAAGAACGCAAGGAGAAGAAAAGAAACAAGGAAAGAGAGAAAAAACUUCGUAGAAAGGAGAGAUUGAGAGAAAAAGAUAAAGACAAAAAGUGUAGUCAAACUAGUGAAACUCCUAUUCUCGAGAUCUCGGAAGAAACUCUGUCACCAUGCAUUAACGAGGAAGCCUCUAAUAUCAUUAGAGACUCAGUAAGUGAAAAUGGUGAUACUAAUGUUUCCGAGUCUGCCUCUCCAGGAUAUUUUGAUGAAUCAUCCUCGAAUGACUAUACUGCUUCUGAUUUUCUAAACAAUAGUUUGGAUGGUAUUGAUGGAGAGCUAGCUGAUGUCAAAGAAGGAAAUGGUUCAUUCACCAGUGAUAGUUUCAAGGGCACACGUUGGAAAUUGAAAGCUCACAGGGACUUCCUGCAAGAGUCAUCUGUGAAACGGUCAGACAGAUGGCGGAGUUUAGAUAACGAGGCUGUGGCACAUCAUUCUGAGUCGAGAUAUUAUGAUGACCCUUCGGAAAAUUGUAUAAAGGGUGUUAAUUAUUUUAGUAAGCAGUCCAGAACUAGUCCCGUGAAGUUCACUGCUAAAAGUAGUGGUCCGAGGUUUAGUCACAAGGUUCAGUGUUCGAACAUCAGGAUGACUGACAGGAGUGACCUGCAUUCUUGUGGCUGUAAUCAACAGAAUGACUAUAAGGCAAAGGUCGAGCCACACAUGUGUGGAACUCGAUUUAAUCGGGACAGUAGACCUAUUUCAAAGAUGGAAUCAGCAUCUGAUGUCGCUAAGCCAGCUCAUCGAAUCAACAAGUCUAGUCAAGCAGACUACGUGCGUGAUAAUUGUGGAAAAACUAGGAGUAAGAUCUCAAGUUAUAGUAGCGCUUCUGGCAGAGAUUUACCUCAUACCAAGAAAGUCUGGGAACCUGUAGAACCUCAGAAGAGGUGUCCGCGGAGUAAUUCCGAUUCAGAUGUUACCUUGAGAUCACGUGGGUUAAAGACAGAAGAAAAUGAGUCUACAUCAGAAGUUUGCACCAAUGAAAUAAUAGAGAAAUUUACAGGGAAUUCUCAGGUGGAUGAUAAUGCAAGGCAAUUUAGAGGGGAGAGAAGCAGCCAGAAUGGUAUUCAAACAGAUGCCUUGUACCACCCUAAAGAAAUAGCUGAAGAGGAAAAUGAUUCAUGUUUGAUGACUAGUUGUAACCUUAACCGGGCUUCUGAUUUUUCUGCCAGCAGCUCAAGUUCUGAUAACUGCUCAUCUUGCCUAAGUGAGGGAGAUAGCAAUACACCAUCCUCAAAUCAUCAAAAUCUGGAGUCAUCUUCUAUAACAGAUUCUGAAGAUAGUAGUGAACAAUCAGAAGGAAGAGAGAUUUCAGUAUGUGUUAAUAGCUUAUCUGAUGGUCAUGAUGCUGGGAAAGCGAAAAGCCAAAAGAUUGAACAAGAAGCUACCCACUUGACACAAUCAUCAAGUUUUUCGUAUGAGUGUGUUGGUAAUCAUUAUCCUUGGAACUCCCCAACAAAAAACUCCACACAGAAUGUGGAAAACGGGAAGCUUGUUAAUGGCAUGGCACCAGUUCAACAAGGUUUGUUUCCAUCAAUCCACAAUUCCAACAUUUCCUUUCCUGUUUUCCAAGCUCCAUCUCCUGUGGGUUACUACCAUCAAAAUUCAGUUCCUUGGUCAGCAGCUUCGGCUAAUGGGAUGAUGGCAUAUCCCCAUCCGAACCAUUACCUCUUGACUAGCCCUAUUAGUUAUGGUCUGAAUGGGGACUCACAUUUCUGCAUGCCAUAUAGUCAUGUGCAACAUCUAGCAUCUCCUUUCAUGAAUAGUCAUCAGAUUCCUGUCUACCAGCCGGUUCAUACAGCUAAUAUCAUGAACCCAAAAGAUCAAACCAGUACCCCUGAAGUACGAGAUCCCUCAGGUGAAUCGAGGAGAGAGAAUGUUGUCAGUGGACAACAUCCAGGAGAUGUGCCUUCAAAGGGAGUCUCAGACCAACUAAACUUGAACCAAUUCAAUACAAAAAAUACAGGCUUCUCCCUGUUCCAAUUUGGUGGUCCUGUGGCUACUCUCCCAACCUAUAGAUCCAGUGUCCAGUCUUCAGAUGAACAGAAAGCUGGUGACCUUACUUCCUGUCAUGUCGAGGGUGAUCAUGCUUGCAGUAAGGAAGAAACUACUAUUGAGGAAUACAAUUUGUUUGCCUCAAGGAAUGGGAUGCACUUUUCUAUAUUUUAGUAUAGCUGAGAGUGGUAUCGAGAUUGCAGUUUGAAGUCAGUCUCUACCAUUUUAUUUACAUAGUUGAAAUAUUUCCAUAGUUCAAGUUUGAGUUCUUUGUAGUCGAAACACUAAUAAUGCUUUGAAAGAUAUCUGCAUAAAAGUUUUUUUCCUUCUUUUCUUUUUACUAUUUCGUUUGAUUGAUUUCAACUGUACUGUCAGUUUUGCUAUUGUAAAGAAACACACAGAUUCGAGUGCCGCAAUUAUUUGAAUUUUAUCAUUUUUACCUUGGAAA